AUGCCACCAGUGAAAUAUCAAUGCAAUGGAAUAACUACAAAAGGAUUACGAUGUAAGAUGAAAUGUGAUAUACCUAAUGGAUAUUGUAAAUAUCAUUAUAGUCAAAAACCAUCCAAUAACAAUAAUAAUAAUAACACAGGAUAUAUUUACAUGUAUACCAUGUCAAAUUUUUUAAAUCCACCUAAAAAUUGGAAUUUCAAAGUUAAAAAUUUACCAAAUUCUUCAAAAAGAGAUAAAUGGUUAGAUUUUAAUAGUAAGAAAUCACCAUAUAUAUUAAUUAAAAUAGGUAUGACUACUCAAACUCCAAAAACGCGUAUUAAACAAUGGCAAGAGAAAUGUCAUCAUGAUUUAACUAAUGUUGGACCACCAAAUAAAAAUUUAAUUAUUAAAAAACAUCGUCAUGAUUAUCAUGAUUGGUUGAAAAUGUUUAUGUGUUUAACUAUACUGGAUCCUGAAUAUAAUCGAUGGAGAGAUGAUGGAUUUUAUUGUAAGAAUAAUUUAAAAUUAGUUGAACUGACUAUACAUCGUGAAUUACAUAAUAAAUAUGGUAAAGGUGAUGUUUAUUGUAUUGGAUGUUUACAAGAUAAUCAUGAGAAUAAAAGAGAUGAUAAUAAUUCACUUUUUGGAAAUAGUUAUAAUGUUCAUGUAGAAUGGUUUCUUAUACCUAAAAGAGAUAUAGAUCAAGUAUAUAGAUUAAUAGAUUCUAUAUGUAUGAAUAUAGGAUAA